AUGGCUGAUAUGCUUGUACAAGGUGGCGGCGGCGCCCCCACCUCGAACAAAUGCCCGACGAGAAGAAAGAUAAUCCGCAUUCUUGAAACCCGAAGCCCGGAAGCGAUUCUCCUUUUCAAUCUCAUGGGCUCGACCGGAAAUGGGAAGAUAAAGAUGAUUUUUGAUUUCGUGCUGGCCCUGCUUCGGCAUCCUGAGCAUUGCAUCUCCGUCUUUUUAUCAAUAGAUGUGAAGUGGAGCACAGAAGGAGCGGAACAAAGAUUCUAUCAACUUUCUUUGGAAGAACGUAGUAAGUUUGACGAGGAGACGCUUGUCAAUUUCAACAACGCAAAAAGCGGAAGCUCGUGUACCUUGAGAUCAAGUGGAUUUAGCAAUGAGUACAUUGUGGUAACAAUCUUGGUGAGGGUUAUAGGUAAACUAAAGUUACCUCGUAUCAAUAACAUUAAAGAUUUGAAAGAAGUUUUAGAGAAGCUUGGAAGUCUCCCAUUACGUAAAAUUGCGGCGGUCGAGGUUUUAUUGGCCCCUCGGAUUGGAGACGACACUCUAUCCGAAGAGAAACUUCUUGAAAAUUACCCGUUACUGCGGCCUUUGCAUUAA